UGACAAUUAAAAGUGAAGAAAUCUAUUUAGAAGGUAUUUUAAAUUAUAACGAACUAUCUAAAGGGAUUAUGAUAUUUGUACAUGGUGUAGGCUCCAGUAGAUUUAGUCCAAGAAAUCUCUAUCUAUCGAAAUUUUUCCAAUCGUUGGGUUUCUCUACUUUAUUAUUUGAUAUAAUGACCCCACAAGAAGAACGUUUAAACAAUAUUACUGGAGAAUAUAAAUACAAUGUAAAUUUUAUUUCAAAAAGAAUUAUAUCAGCAACCCAAUUUAUAAACUCUAAUCAAAAACUAAAAAAACUACCAAUUAUUUUGUACGGUUCCAGUACCGGAAGUGCUGGUAUUAUCGAAAGUGAAGGAAAAUUAAAAUCAUUAGGAAUCAAUAUAAACUCGAUUGUAUCAAGAAGUGGAAGAUUGUCGUUAUGUAAUAGAAACUCUUUAGGACUAUUGAAUACACCUAUUUUACUACUCUGUGGAGGUGAUGAUAAAGAAACUAUAGAUAUAAAUAGACAAUCUCUAGAUAGUAUGCACUAUUGCCAAUCAAAAAAACUAGAAAUAAUUGCAAACUCUUCCCAUCUAUUCCCUGAAAAUGGUGCAUUAGAAAAGGUUGCAAAAAUAUCAUUUAAUUUCCUAAACUACCAUUUGAACAACCCAAUAAAAUAUUAAAAAAUUUUAUUUGUAUAAUAGUUAAACAAUAAAUCAUACAUGUAAAUUUUAAAAAAAAAAAUUAAUAUAAUUAUAUAUUAAUAUACAAAAUUUAUAAAU